GUCACAAGUUGUUAUGUUGUUGGUUUUAGGUUAAGUGAGAUCAUAAUUUAAUGAAAAGGAAUAUUUUGAUAAUUUGAUAAACAGAUUUAUAGAUUAACUUUUUAUGAUCGAAAUCAAAGGUUUCACUAUAAUGUUUAGUUAUCUUAUUAUUACGGAAGUUAACAAGUUUCAGAGAAAAUUAUUUCUUCUCGUCUAACUUUAAACUGUGAAAUUUGUGAUAAUUUUAAACAAUAAGAUGUUGGAAGGCUUAGUAGCUUGGAUAUUAAAUACUUAUUUAGGAAAAUAUGUUGAAUUGAAUACUGAUCAACUCAGUAUUGCUUUAUUGUCAGGAAAAGUUGAAUUAGAAAAUUUGCCACUGAAAAAAGAUGCAUUGUGUCAUUUGGGAUUACCUGCUGAUAUCAAAACAGGUUUUAUUGGCAAAAUUCAGUUACAAAUUCCUGUUAGACAAAUUAGGUCAGCACCCUGGAUUAUCAUUAUUGAACAACUGUGUUUGGUGGCUACCCCUCUGUCUAUAGACCAAUGGGACUCUGAAGCUGAAGUUUUGUCAAGACAUGAAAUGAAAUUAACUGCUUUAAAUUCACUUGAGGCAGAAUGGAGAUUAGAAAAGGAUAUACCAAAUUAUAAUUCAUCUUAUUAUUCCUCUAGUUAUUCAUCUUGGUAUAGUUAUGGAGCUGGAUUAAUAUCAGAAAUCCUUGAAAAUUUGCAGUUAAAAGUUCAGGACCUCCAUAUUAGAUAUGAGGAUUCAAUAAGUCUUCCAGAUCAAACAUUUGCUUUUGGUAUCACAUUAGGAUCAUUAAUAGCUCAGAGUUGUGAUCAGAAUUGGCUACCCAAAUUUAUUCAUAACAGUCAAAAUGAGGAGUCUUUCAAAAUUUUAGAACUAAAAGAAUUUGGUUUAUAUUGGAUGACUAUUAAUGAUAAUGAAUCUUUAGCUUCCUUGGAUGUUUCUACACUAGCAGAAUCAAUGAAUAGAAGUAAUUUAGAGAAACACACAAGAAACUACUUGCUACCUGCUGUAAGUGCCCAGGCUCAUUUGAAAAGAAAUAACAGUACCAAAGCUUUAAGGUCAUCUACUCCUAGAUAUUUUUGUGAUGUGCUUCUUGAGGAAGUACAGUUGUCAUUACAAGAUUGGCAAUACAACCAAAUAAUUAGUUGCGUACGUGGUUUACAAGAUAUAAAUAAAAUUCGAAAUUAUCGUCAUUUUAAGCCACUAUCUACUAUAAAACAUGAUGCUAGAGCCUGGUGGCUUUACGCUAUCAGUUGUUUCUACCCAACAGGCAAGCAGCCAUCUAUAUGUAAACCAAAACCGACAUGGGAGUCUUGUUUGAAAAGAGCAAAGGAGAAUGUAAAGUAUGUCAAUGUAUGCAAAAAAAUUUUAACAGCUCCGAGUAUAACAUUAUCAGCAGAUGAGAAAACAAUUAAAGAAGAAGUUGAAUGGACUAGGGAAUAUGAAGAUUUAAAAAUUCUAAGGAAGUUAGCAAUGGAUUCAGUUAAACUUCCUAAAUGGACUUCAAAUGUGGAUGAAUCAACUAAGGGCAGAAACAUGCUUGUUAAAUGGUUUCCAAAUUGGAUGGGUUGGUAUGGUGGUUCUGUAGAAAAUAAUCCAACAGUUCGGACUGAUGCUGCUGAAUUAGAAGGUGAAAUACUACAAGUUUUGGCAGAUUCUGCUGAAAAUAACACCAAUUUAAAUAGAGAUGCUGUUUUUGGGAAACUCAAUUUUUGUUUGAAAACUGGAACGUUGAGUUUGUGUACAUUUAACAAAAUUACCAAUGCAAGUUCAUCUAUGUUAGAAAUGGAAUUUAAAAAUUUUGUACUGGGUUUUCUAAGCAAACCUCGUUUCAAUUCGCAUAUUAUUGAGUUGUCUCUAGAUGCUUUAUUUUUAAAAGACAAAAUCAGCCAAAACACCAUGUUCCCAAUUGUAGUAGCUCCCUCAGGAAUUGACAGAUUGUCAUCAGUACAAAUUAGGGGCGACAGAACAAGCAGUACAAAUAAAUCUGAAUACAUAAAGCACCAUUUAUUUUAUUUAAUCUACGAAAAGAAACCUCAAAACUCAGGAACUGAUUUUAGGUUAAGUGUAAAGUCGGAAAGUUUAGAUAUAGUAUAUCAACCAAAUGUAGUGAGAUGGUUUAUUGAGUUUAUAUAUUUACCACUUCAACGUGAUAUUGCACAAAAUCAAAUAGAAGCUAUGAAGAAGAAGACCAAAAAAGAACUAAUUAAAAAUUGGGAGCAUAUAUUUUCUGGAGGCAAGAUUUCUAGAUCAAUUUGGGAACUGGAAUUAGAUAUAACAGCGCCCCAGAUAAUAUUUGUAGAACAAUUUAGUCAACAAAAUUCUGCGAUGGCUGUGAUAGAUUUUGGUAAAUUACAUUUGAGAAAUAAUAUAGAAAUGGGAAAUAAAACAGAAUGCAAUAAGAAUAAUGACAAUUCAGAUAAUAAAAAUAGCGAGGAAGAUGAAACGUAUCUAACACCUUGUUCAACACCCCCUGUUAGUGAAGGCAGUAUUUCAGGUGACCAAAACAUCGAAGAAAAUUCUGAAACUGGCGGGUGUUCCAAUUUGUCUUUAAAUGAAUUGAAUCUUCACAAAAAGCUCUAUGAUUCUUAUUGCUUAGAACUUACAGAUUUGCAGAUUUUAAUCGGUAGAGUAAAAGACAACUGGAGAUAUGCUUUGAAUAAAGGAUCAUCUAAUUUACAUGUUCUGGACAGAUUUAGUAUAUCCUUGCAAAUUGAAAUAAGACUGUUGCAAACAUCGGAUCCACAUUAUCCCAGCGUUAUCCUUAACGCACAUCUUCCAAAAUUGGUCACCCACAUUAAUGAAAAUAACAUAGUAUCUGCAAGUAACCUAAUAGAAAUGCUGUCUGUUACACUAUUAAUGCCCUCAUUCAAAACUGCUGCAGAUUUUAGUUCUAACCAUAUGGAAGUUCCUGAUAGUAUCGAAUCAAGUAUACAUGAAGAAAUAUAUUUAGAAGAUAAUUUGGAGCAAAAUAACUUAUUAACUAUGCAAUUUUAUAUCGAUCAAAUGUCUCUAGAAAUUCAAAGUAGAGGAAGAAGUAUAGCAGAAUUACAAAUCGCCGGUGUAAAAUCAACAUUUUCAAAGAGGGGUGUUGAAAUGAGCAUUACUUUUACUGUUCAUAGUUUGUUGUUGGUGGAUGCAUUACAGACUUUUGGUGCUGAUUUUGAACUGUUGGUAGCUAGCCAUAAACAUGUAGGAAUGGAUUCGAUGUCAGGUAGUAUUAGAGACAGUGAACCGACAUCGCCUAUUUCACCUGCUAGUCCUGAUUCGUAUUCAUCCAAAAAUGGUGCUACAUCCCCUACAGCCCUUACUCAGGCUUUGAACACGUUAGCCACGUCACCACCAAUAAAGGAAUAUGGAUUUAUAAAAAAUGAAGAAAUGAACACGGAGGCCCUAAUUUCUAUAGAAAUUCAAAUAAUAACUGGACCAAGACCUAUGCAAAUUGCAAAUAUACAAUUUAAUAAUUUAGAUAUUAUUGCUAAUCAGGAAACUUUGGUGGAACUAGUUGGGUUUUUCAGAAGAGUUUUUCCUGAAACAAAGAAAACAACUAAUCCAAUAGUGAAUGUCCAAAAAUCUACGGAAUCUUUAUUAGAAGAAUCAAUAAGCUCCUGGGGUAACACUGAAAUCAUUUUUGAUUUCCAUCGUUUAAAUGUUCUUUUACUAAGAGGUGUUAUUAAAAAUGGAAAACUUCACGGAAAAAAGAUAGGGACAGCUACAAUGAGCGAAGCAAAAAUACAAGCAACAGUGAGUUCAAAAUUCGAAUUAGAAGGUUCCUUGGGCAGCCUUCAAAUAUUAGAUUUGACACCAGAAGGGCAAGUACAUCAAAGUAUUUUGAGCGUUGGAAACGAUCCACGUUCAGAUAAUUAUCAUUCUUUGUAUACUUUGUCUUCAGAAGAAAAAACGGCGCUUAGUUUUAAGAUAAUUAAAACUGAAGUAAAAGAUGCUUUAGAUGUAGCAGUCCGUAUGGCUUCGGUUUGGUAUACUCAUUCUCCUCAUUUCAUAUUAGAGUUACAUUCGUGUUUAUCAGAGUUUAAACAAUACUUAACGAAUUUAGCCAAAACUAUUAAAACUGCCGCUACGGAUAUGGCUCUCGGUCUUGUCAAUAUCAGAACUGAAGCUUUAGUACAAUCUAUAAAUUUCAAUAAAAACACAACCGGCUCUACAUAUGGUAGCAGUUUGUCUAUUGCUGAGAAUUUUACUCCCACCAAAAAGCGAUCUCCUAUAAAUUUUUUCAGUAAGGAUACAGAAAUAUCAUCACCUUGCAGCCCUAUAGACGAUAACGAAUUAAUCAUAAAUCUUAAUUUAAAUAUUGAAUUGGACAGCCCUGUGAUUGUUUUACCACGAAAUAAUGUCAGCAGUGAAGUUUUUGUAAUACAUUUAGGAAAAAUUACAAUAAACAACGAUUAUUCAGAUGAAGUAAAAGCAAAUUCUACCCACUAUAGAAACGAGCUUUACAACAUCGAUGUUAAAGAUAUGAAUAUUUUCUCUUUGGAUAUUAAAAGUAGGAAAAAAUUGGAACCAAAAUCAUUUAAACCGGAUAUACUUUAUAAUUGUAAAACUGAUGCUAAACCAAUUCUUCACGACACAAUUUUACAAUUAAAAAUCGAAAAAGAAUAUAACAAACCAUUAAAUAAUUUCGACCAAGACAUAACUUUCGAUGAGGACAUGCUAAAAACAAAAAAAUACAUACAAAUAUCUGGAAGCAUCGUGACGGCUCUUAAAGUUUCCUUGACUAUGUCCCAGUACAAACAAAUCUGGGAUACCUUACAGUGGUUGUCCUCUAUCAAUUUUAGAAAUAGCGAGGUGGCUUCUAGAAUUCAUUCUAGACCGAAUUUUGUUGCUGAUAGUAUUAAAGAAGAAGAUAGUGGUUUAAGUACACUUAACAUGGAUCCCCAUGUUCGUGCAAAGAUGUUUCAAACCUUUAGUGCCAACAGAAAAAGAAGUAGUUUGCCCAGUUUGGUUGAAACUAAGAUAUGUUUUGAUGUGUCUUUAUUUACUGUUGAACUUAAAGGUAUUGGUCAGAGUCUUGUGAACAUAUCGUUUGUAGAUUUUGCUUUUAAGUACGACAAAUGUCAUGAAUAUGAAACAAACAUACAAAUAUCUUUGCGUUCUUUAUUUAUGGAAGAUCUUCAACAACCCUUAAACAGCAAGUAUAGGGUUAUAGUAGCUUCUUCGUCUGGUAGUGAAUCAUCUGCUGGACAUACUUCAAUAUCUCGAUCUUGUCCAGUUGUAAGUUACCCUCCUUAUCUUAGAAGAGUUUCAGCCAGUUCUUUACCAGAUCAUCUGGAAGCAAAUGAAAUUUUUGGAUUAGAAGAUCAUUAUCAGUUCCACGAUACAGUUGCACCUAAUAAUGAAGAUUACCCAUUUACUCCUCCCCCAAGUCCAGAAAGAGCUAGAUCAAGGGCCGAAAGAAAUUUGGUUAUCAUCAGUACCCUUUUGGUUGAUCCUUCUGCUCCAAACUUUCAGGAAUAUUACAAUAGUGUUCAAAAUGCCACAUCCAUAGAUUUCAAUUGCUUAGAUCUUAUCAUUAGCAAUAAAUCUUGGGUUAUCGUGCUAGAUUUCUUCAGUUAUUCCCCAGAACCGGUCUUUUCCAACACCGGAUCAAAUGAAGACUUAACGAAUCAAUUUAAAAAAGAGAAAGUUGUAACUAACAUAAACAUAAAAUCAUUAACAAUCGUCUUAGCUGAACAAGACCGAGAAAUUGCUAAAGCUAACGUUUCUGAUGCCGAAAUUGAAAUCAACAAUACUGAAAAUUUAAAAGAGGUCGAUGCAAAAUUAGGUUCGCUGUCUUUACAUGAUUUAACUUUGAAUGGACAAUUGUAUAAAGAUAGAUUUUUAACUUCUGGAUCACAAGCAGUCAUUGUUAAAUAUAUAAGAUAUUAUGCCGGCUCCAAUAAAGAUUAUGAUGCACAAUUAAUUUUGAAAAUGUCCUCAGUUGUAUAUGUUCACACAAAAAGGUUUAUAGCAGAAGUUUUGGCGUUUUUCAAAAACUUUGCCGAUAGUCAACAAAAGGUCAUCAAAGGUAUUCAAGCUGCCAGAACUAGACAACAUAAUCGGAAUGAUCCUCUAAGACUGUCUCUAAGAAUAGAAGCCAAAGCUCCAAUGAUUCUUCUUCCUGUGAAUUCCACAUCAUCGAAUGUGAUAGUAGUCGAUCUAGGUGAACUAUUUGUAUCGAAUUCAUUUAAAUUAUCUGGUGAUGAAGGUACCAUAAGUGUAGCCUCAGAUAAUUCUAAUAGAAAAUGUCUACUUGAUGUUAUGAUGAUAAGUUUAGAAAAUACUGAUCUGUACAUGGCCAUAAAAGAAAUUGAUUCAAAUACAAUGAAAAGAUCGACGACUGGUUAUUUAAAAUUCGGGGACAGUCGGAUUUUCAAAAUGGGUCCAUCUUUACUUACAAAAAAAUUUCAAUUAAAACUCCAAAUUGAACAAAAUCUAGAAAAGAAAAAUACCCAUAUUGUUCCUGAUAUGAGU